UUCCGGACAUGGUGGUCGCGUGAGGCGAUCGCGAGAUUCGCGCUGCAACCACCCCCCUCCCCCCCCCCACGCGCACACACACCCGUCAGGUAGAAUUGAGAUGUUGACGUCACAGACGGGGAGUCUGUUACAUCAGCGUAUUGUUGUGCUCUGUAAGCUAGUGGUUUUCACAUCUGCUUCGCAGUCCAGAGGUUAAGGGUUCGAGUCCCGCAUCGGGCCUUAUUGUUAAGUUUGCAUAUUACACUGGCUUCCUCCUACAUUCCAAAAAAACAUGCACGUUAGGUUAAUUAAAGACUGAAUUGACAGAUCGCUUUUAGAGGGGCUGACGACGGUGGUGUGACUCCAUGACCUGAUCAUCAAUUGUUUGGGAGUGGAGCUGAUGAUCACAUCAGUGGCUAAUCAAUGCCCGGAUUUUGACCCAGACGGUUGUUUACUCGGGCUGCGUCGCCGUGGCGACCGCUGCACGCUGCGAAAAAAAAAAAAAAGCGUAGGAAAUAACUGGACUUGCAACACUGAAGCCGAUUCUUCCCAACGGGUGGCCGCUACACUCAACUUGUUGCUAAAGUUAGCUUGUGUGGCUAAAUCGGCGCUCAGCCGGCAUCCCAGCAAUGUAUGUGUGUGCGUGUGAAUGUCUAUUUUUAGCUGCAUGUUGUUUUGACUUUGCUGAUCUUCACCACUUGUACCGUCGCUGAUCAAUAAUCGCACACAAAUGCACACACGCGAGAAUGUCGCCAGGUGACGGCGGCGGCCUGAGGCCAGGGCGUGGGAAGCGCCACGUCGACGAGACGCCAAGGUGGGCUGAGAUGGCGGGUGCUUCGGUCAAGGUGGUGGUGCGCGUGCGCCCGUUCAACGCCAGGGAGACGGGUCGCAACGCCAAGUGUGUCAUCCAGAUGCAGGGCAACACCACCUGCAUCGUCAAUCCCAAACAGUCCAAAGAUGCGGCCAAGAACUUCACUUUUGACCACUCCUACUGGUCGCACACCACGGCCGAAGAUCCUGCCUUUGCAAGCCAGCGUCAGGUGUACAAGGACAUCGGCGAGGAGAUGCUGCUGCACGCCUUCGAAGGUUACAACGUGUGCAUUUUUGCGUACGGCCAGACUGGGGGAGGGAAGAGCUACACCAUGAUGGGCAAGCAGGAAGCCGGGCAGGAGGGCAUCAUUCCGCAGCUGUGCGAGGACUUGUUCCAGAGGACCGGGACCAACGCGGAUCCCGACCUGAAUUAUUCCGUUGAGGUGUCCUACAUGGAGAUAUAUUGCGAGCGCGUCCGGGAUCUAUUGAACCCGAAGUCCCAGGGGACCCUGCGGGUGAGGGAGCACCCCAUCCUGGGGCCGUACGUGGAAGACUUGUCCAAACUGGCCGUGACCGGAUUCCCUGACAUCCGCGACCUAAUGGAUGCCGGGAACAAAGCCCGGACGGUGGCGGCCACGAACAUGAAUGAGACGUCGUCCCGCUCCCACGCCGUCUUCACAAUUGUCUUCAGCCAGCGGCGCCGAGAUGUCGUGACCCAGCUGGACACGGAAAAGGUCAGCAAGAUCAGUCUUGUGGACCUGGCGGGAAGCGAACGCGCCGACUCCUCAGGGGCCAAAGGUACCCGACUCAAGGAAGGAGCCAACAUCAACAAGUCUCUCACCACGCUGGGAAAAGUCAUCUCCGCUCUGGCCGACAUGCAGAGCAGCAAGAAGCGGAAGAGCGACUUUAUUCCCUACAGAGACUCGGUGCUGACGUGGCUCCUCAAAGAGAACCUGGGCGGAAACUCUCGCACGGCCAUGAUCGCCGCUCUCAGUCCUGCCGACAUCAACUACGAAGAAACCCUCAGCACUUUGAGGUACGCCGACCGAGCCAAGCAGAUCCGCUGCAACGCCAUUAUCAAUGAAGACCCCAACGCCAAAUUGAUCCGAGAGCUGAAAGGGGAAGUGGAACGACUCCGGAGCCUUCUCUUCGCUCAGGGCCUGCACGAGCUCAUCCACAACCAGGCCAACAACAAUGGCUCCUCCUCAGCGGGCGUAUCCUCACCGUUGACAAUCACAGCCAAUGGGACGGCCGAGCCGAAAGACUCCGCCUCCUCAGGUGCGUUUGAACUCAAUGAGUCAGCUGCUGUCAAUCAUCUUUCGGCCGGGGAGGAGGAGGUUGCCACGGAGACCAUCAGUAAAGAGGAGGCAGCUGAGAGACUGCUGGAGACAGAGAAGAUCAUGGCUGAGCUCAACGAGACUUGGGAGGAGAAGUUAAGGAAGACGGAAUCCAUACGUUUAGAGAGGGAGUCGCUCUUGGCCGAGAUGGGCGUGUCCAUUAAAGAAGAUGGAGGGACUCUUGGGGUCUUCUCUCCUAAAGGAACUCCUCACCUGGUCAACCUGAACGAGGACCCUCUCAUGUCCGAGUGCCUCCUGUACUAUAUCAAAGAAGGAUUCACCAGGGUGGGACAGCAGGACGUGGACAUCAAGCUGUCCGGUCACUUCAUCAAAGAGAUCCAUUGUGUGUUUGUGAGUGAGACCAACGAGCAAGGAGAAGUGGUGGUCACGCUGGAGCCGCUGGUGGGGGCGGAGACUUACGUCAACGGGAAACAGAUCACGGAAGCGGCGGUCCUCAAGCAAGGGAACCGCAUCGUGAUGGGCAAGAACCACGUGUUCCGCUUCAACCACCCGGAGCAGGCGCGGCUGGAGCGGGAGCGCAGCGUCACGGCCGAGCAGCAGGGGGAACCAGAGGACUGGACCUAUGCUCAGAGGGAGCUCCUGGAGAAGCAAGGCGUCGACAUCAAACUGGACAUGGAGAAGAGGCUCCAGGACAUGGAAUCGCAGUAUCGCAAGGAGAAGGAAGAGGCUGACCUGCUGCUGGAGCAACAGCGGCUGUACGCGGAUAGCGAUAGCGGAGAUGAUUCCGACAAACGCUCGUGCGAGGAAAGCUGGAGACUUAUCUCCUCCCUCAGAGAGAAACUACCUGCCAACAAGGUGCAGUCUAUCGUGAAGCGAUGCGGUCUCCCGAGCAGCGGCAAGAGGAGGGAGCCUCAAAGAGUUUAUCAGAUUCCUCAAAGGAGGCGGAUCAGCAAAGACCCCAAGCGCGUAACCAUGGAGGAUCUGCGCUUGCAGGCUGUCAAAGAGAUCUGCUACGAGGUGGCGCUGGGAGACUUCCGACACUCCCGCCAGGAGAUCGAGGCGCUGGCCAUCGUCAAGAUGAAGGAGCUGUGUCGCAUGUACGCCAAGAAGGACGCCAACGAGAAGGACAACUGGAAGGCGGUGGCGCAGGACGUGUGUGACACGGUGGGCAUCGGGGAGGAGAGGAGCCCCCCUUCGGAAGAGGGGGGAGGAGGCGGAGAGGCCGGGGAAGGGGUGAAGGCCUACGACCUGAAGGCUCACAUUGACAAGCUGACGGACAUCUUGGAGGAAGUGAAGCUGCAGAACAACAUGAAGGAUGAGGAGAUCAAAGCGCUGCAUGAUCGAAUGAUAAAGAUGGAGAGCGUCAUACCCGUCAAGAUGGAGGACGCCUCGCCCGACCAGAACGAACAGGUGAACAGCGAAGACGGGGGCGUGGCUCCCCAAAGGGAGGACAGAGUGCAGCGUCUCAUGGACGAGGAUCCAGCGUUCAGGAGAGGGCGCCUCCGCUGGCUGAAGCAGGAACAGCAGCGGAUCGUCAACCUUCAGCAGCAGAACAUCGGCAAGAAGCUGCGAGGCCUCAACCAGGGCGAACAAGGUCAACAAGUACACCUCCCCGGGACGGGCCGCUUCAUCCCUCCUCAGGACUGCAAGCUCAAGUUCCCCUUCAAGAGCAACCCAGCACACCGCUUUUCCUGGGGACCGGCCAGCGCCGCCCUGCAGGCGCUGGGUCUGGGGGAGGGGGGGCUCCCGGCGGAGGGGAGGGGAGGAGUUGAGAUAGGGGGGAACGAAGCAACCCCGCCCCCCCUCCCUUUCCAGGCCCCAACCCCACACAUUCGUAGCCCAAGUCCGCAACGCGCCUGGCAACAGCGCAACCACGGCAACAAGCAGCAGCAGCAGCCUCGCUACCGCCGAAACUCGUUCGAUGGCUCCGCCCCCGGCAACGGUAACUACGAGCAGCAACAAAGGGGCGGAGCUCACCAAGGAAGACCAAGACAGAGGAGGGGGCCGUCGCCCGGGCCGGGCGGACAGUGGGGUGGAGGGGAUGCGGGCUUCCAUUACAACCAACAUCCUCCUCCCCAACGUCCUCCUCAUCAUCAGCAUUUUCAUCAUCCGUACUACAACACCCACAAUGCACCAUUCCCAAACUACCACGCCACCCUACCCCCUCCUCCUCAAAUCCUCCUGGGCCCGCCCCUGAACGGAUGGGGCUUCACCACGCCGCCGCGUAUGAGACGACAGUUCAGCGAGCCGGACCUCAACAACCAGCAAGCGCCCUCUGACCUCUGAACUCUGAGCUUGGGUUCGCUACUCCUACAUGCUGUAUACGAUAAACCCCCCGCAAGGACCAGCAGCCCAGUCGCGAAGAAGCCGCAAUCCCUCGAUACUCCCCCUAAAAAUGCUUUGAAUUGCCUAAAUGAGUAGUGUAAAACAAACUAGAUCCCAAAAGACCCGAAUAGCAAUUCAAACACAUUUGGGGAUGGGCAAGUAUCGAUACAAGGUAUCGAUAUCGUGCCGAUACCGGCCUUAUUUCAAGGUAUCGGGUACUCAUGAAGGCUGCCGAUACCAGCCACCGAUACGGCGGUUUGACACAUCGGCAAAUCAUCCUGUGGGUCAGAAAGAAAGAAAGGUCUUUCUUCACAAUUGGCUGUCAUUGUGUUAAUUGAAAUUUUAUGUAUCAAAAGUGGUAUCAGUAUUGUUGAGUACUAAAGAGUGAAUACUCAUGCUGGUAUCGGUCUAAAAAAAGUCGUAAGGAACAUCCCUAAAACUCCUCUUACAACAUCUGUAUGUAUUAAUAAAUACAUACAGAUGAUUUCAGAAGAGCGAAAAUAAAUAACCCGGGCUAAACGUAGCUCCUCCCCAACACACAUAAAAAAAAUCUUAAAAUGGUUGAGAUGUGUCCAUCCAUCCGUUUUCUUUACCGCUUAUCCUCACUCGGGUCGCGGGCUGCUGUAGCCUAUCCCAGCUAUCUCCGGGCGGGAGGCAGGGUACACCCUGAACCGGUCGCCAGCCAAUCGCAGAGCACAUAGAAACAAACAACCAUUCACACUCACAUUCACACCUAUGGGCAAUUUAGACCCCUCAAUCAACCUACCACGCAUGUUUUUGGGAUGUGGAAGGAAACCGGAGUGCCCGGAGAAACCCCACCCAGGCACGGGGAGAACAUGCAAACUCCACACAGGCGGGGCCGGGAUUUGAACACCGGUCCCCAGAACUGUGAGGCAGAUGUGUCACUUCAGCAUAAUUCCUUGACACCAAUUACUACUUUGUGAUUAUCAAGCGCUUUGGUGUCAUCGAAGUGUUAUGGAAAGUGUACAAAAUAUGCCGGAAAGCUGCGAAUAGGUGAUUUUUACAGCAAAGAAUGGAAGAGAGGUUCCUCAAAAAAAUCAAAGCGAAUAGGUGAAUUUUUUAAUGGUGAACCACGAAUAUGCGGGUGAUUAUUAGUGUGUGUAUGCCGUUGCCAUGGAAACAGGUCAUGUGCACAGGAGUUUUGACUUGAUGGUGGUCAUGUGAUCACGUAAGCUCCUGUGGCUUACUGCUGUUAGCUUGUUUUUGUUUUGUUUUUCUUUGAAUUUUUAGCCCAGGAGAGGGAAGGCACUCGAACGCAUUGGCGACAUUGUGUACAAUUAUGAAGGCAAACGACGACAUGUACAGAAUGGCUUCCAAAGUUAGCGCGUUAGCCAGCCGCCUGCUAACCAGUCAAACCAAAGACGCUGACACGGUUUUCGUGUACGUUUGAGAUGGAUUGUGGGAAACAGAACAAGUCGGGACGAUUACUGGAAUGCGAAAGUGAAGUUUGUGGAGUUUAAUACAUGGAAUCAUAAUUUGGGAGUUUUGGGAGCUGAAAGUGUCGAAGGCUGAGCUGUAGAUUUUUUUCCCAUUUUUAUUUUUUGAGGCCUCGCACCACAGUCAUGUUAGCCAAUGCCGGGAUCAACAAGUCCCCGCUGAGCAUGAUGGGAAAUGACGACCAUGCCUUUAGUGUAACCUCGCGUGUGCUUUCUAACCUCAUUCUCACUCAUAUUAUUAUUCAUUUGGUUAUUAUUAUCAGAAUAAUACUCUUCAAGUGGGGGAUUCUUUUGGGUGCUCCUUAUCAAUGUGUAUGUGAACGAGUGUGUGUACGUGUGUGUGUGUGCGGUUACUUUAGAAUCACAAAGUGAAGAUUGUUUGACUUCUAUAAAAGCUGUUGUUUUUGUCAUCGUCUCUGAACGUUUUAUUUUGUGUUGAACCCCACACCUCAAAAGACUGGACCCCAAUAAACACUACAGCUUCACAACUUCAA